AUUCAAUAGAAGUGACAUGUAAAAUAGUAAGCAAUAUUCAUCUUUUCCUAAUUGUUGAAAAGGAAAAAACAGAGUAUAUUUCACAUUCACCAGGCUUCGUCGGAGCAGCCAUUUUUUUCUUAUCUUCCUAUAAACGGACGAAAUCUGUGCUGGCAAAGAUUCCAUCUUUGUCCCUCUAACACUUUGGGGUGGUUGGGUAAGUGAUGCUUCUUUCUCUUUACCCUUCAUUCGUUGAUCCAUCCCUCUCUGUUUCUCCACUAAUUCUCUCACUCUACCAUCACCAUGACUUGUUUCUUUAUCUCCCUAAUUCCCCUUUUUUUUAUUAAAUAAUCGUUAAUUCCCUUUUCUUGUUUAAGAAUUCCCCAAUUUUUAAUUACUCAUUUUCUUGGAAUUAUGGGGUGCGCAACGUCUAAGCAUGAUGACUUGCCGGCGGUGGCUCUAUGUCGUGAACGUUGCACCUUUUUAGAUCAAGCCAUUCACCACCGUUACGCUUUUGCUGAAGCCCAUGUAGCUUAUCUUCACUCUUUGAAAUCCGUCGGCGGUUCUCUUCAUCGGUUUUUCGAACAUGAUCUCGAUCUUUCUACUUCAUCCUCUGGUAGUCCUCUUUCUCCGAUUCUCAAUCUCCCCGCUCAUCGGAAAGGUGAACUUCCAGAAUCUUCCACUGCCCUUCCUCAUCCAGUUAAAAAACCUGCUGCUGCCAUUCACCACCGUCACGAUUCUCACUCUAGUUCCGGUUCACACCUUCACUUCCACUCUGAAUCGGAGGAAGAUGAUGACUCCGGUUCCGAGUCUUUGCAUCACCAUACGGAGACCCCUACUCAUGGUAAUCAGUAUGGUCAGUUCACUUAUGCUGAUCAUGAAACCCUAGGAUUCGGAGCACCACCACAUCAAGUUGGUGGGGGUGGGGGAUUCGGAGCACCAUAUCAAGUCGGUGGGGGUGGUGGUGGAUUCGGAGCACCAUAUCAAGUCGGUGGGGGUGGUGGGUUCGGACCACCAUAUCAAGUCGGUGGUGGUGGGUUCGGGCCACCAUAUCAAGUCGGCGAGGCUGGUAGUGGGUACGGAGCACCAUAUCAAGUUGGUGGUGGUGGUGGUGGUGGGUUUAUGCAUAUGAAUUACAUGAGGAAGCAGACGACGCCCUCGGUGACUUAUCAUCAACGACCCAUAAGUCCGGAGACUGUUCGAAUGGGUGAAGCGUCUUCUUCCUAUUACCCUUCUCCAUAUCCCAAUAGUAAUAACCCUAAUUCUUACAACAACUAUCCGAAUUAUCCCAAUUACGGUGGCGAGUUUUUUUCCUCGUCGAUUCAAAGGCCGUACGGUGUUUCAUCUCAGCCGGUGCCGUCUGGAGCUGGGCCUUCAUCAGCGCCGUCAACUUCGAAACCGCCUCCCCCUCCGCCCUCUCCACCGAGGAGCUCACCUUGGGAUUUUCUGAACCCUUUUGAGACUUUUGAAAGCAAUAAUUACCCUACACCAUAUACGCCAAGCCGAGACUCCAGAGAGGUGAGGGAAGAAGAAGGUAUCCCUGAUUUGGAAGACGAGGACUUUGAGCACGAGGUUGUUAAGGAAGUUCACGGACAUCAGAAGUUUGUCGAAGGGGAAAGCGAAGGCCAUGGAGGGAACCAUUCAAAAGCAGUGGCAGAGGAGGAGAGAGAGAAGCAAAGUGAUUCGGAGUCGUUAUACCAUGGGAGGCCAAGUGCAUCAAUGGAGAAUGAGCAGGUGGAGUUUGAGGUACACGUUGUGGAUAAGAAAGUGGUAGAUGAAGAAGAAAAGUCAGGGCAUGGGGGAAAUGUUACUGGGUUCAAAGCUCGUGCAUUCAAGGACGACUCAGAUGUUGUGAAAGAGAUUCAGGUUCAAUUUGAGCUAGCUUCUGAAUCUGGAAAUGAGCUUGUUAAGAUGCUGGAGGUUGGAAAGCUUCCCCACAAUCGUAAGAACGCCACAUAUCAAGUGUCUUCCAAGAUGUUGCAUGCAAUUUCACCUUCAUUAUCCGUAGUGUCAUCACAACCUUCUACGUCAAAGAAUGCCGCAAUUCAGAAUACUGAUCCUGCUGCUUCAGACGUGGAAGGAGAUGUUAGUUUAAGGUACAAGAACCUUUCGUCAACGUUAAACAAGCUGUACCUCUGGGAGAAGAAACUGUAUCAGGAGGUUAAGUCUGAGGAGAAGAUAAGGGUGCUUCAUGAAAGGAAGUCUGAAAAGCUGAAGCGAUUAGAUCAAAAGGGUGCUGAGGCUCACAAGCUCGACAUGACAAGACAAUUGGUUAGAAGUCUCUCCACAAAAAUUAGAAUUGCGAUUCAGGUUGUCGAUAAGAUCUCUGAGAAGAUAAACAAGAUGAGGGAUGAAGAGUUAUGGCCGCAACUGAAUGUACUUAUUCAGGGGUUAAGUAAAAUGUGGAAAGGCAUGCUUGAGUGUCAUCGUAACCAAUGCCAGGCUAUUGGAGAAGCCAAAAAAUUAGAUGCCAUUGCAUCUCACAAACACUUGAGUGAUGCUCAUCUUGAAGCCACUCUGCAGCUUGAACAUGAGCUUUUGAACUGGACUUUGAGAUUCUCUUGCUGGGUGAAUGCACAGAAGGGCUAUGUGAGAGCACUAAACACUUGGCUCAUGAAAUGUCUUCUGUAUGUGCCCGAGGAAACAGCCGAUGGAAGAGUUCCCUUUUCUCCAGGCAGGAUUGGUGCUCCCCCAAUUUUUGUUAUCUGUAAUCAGUGGUCACAAACCAUUGAAGGAGUUUCUGAGAAAGAGGUUAUUGACUGUAUGCGAGAUUUCGCAUCAAAUGUCCUUCAGCUAUGGAAGCGAGAUAAACAUGAAAUGCGGCAAAGGAUGAUGGUGCACAAGGAUAUGGAGAGAAAAGUGAAGAACCUUGAGAGGGAGGACCAGAAGAUACAAAAGGGGAUUCAUGCACUGGACAAAAGAAUAGUAUUCAUUUCUGGGGAUGAAACUGGUCUCUCAUUAAAUAGGCAUGUCGUUUACCAGAGUGACACAAGCAAAAAUAGUAGCCUUCAGGUUGGUCUGAGACAUAUUUUUGAGGCCAUGGAAAGGUUUACUGCCAAAUCCUUGAAGGUUUACGAGGAGCUUUUGCAACGCAUUGAAGAGGAUGAUCUGGCUUGAAGAGCAUGAGAAAUUGGUCUAGCACUACCUUUAGAAGGUUAUGUCUUCUGGGUGCCUGUUAUUAUGCUACUGUUGGAGGUUAUUGAACUUCCAGACAGGGGACAAUGUGAAAUGGAGCAACAGAAACCUUGUUGGCUUUCUCUGCUCUUGCUGUAGCAUCAUCACAGCCUUGAUCAGUCUCAGUGGGGAACCGGGGUUUAUGGCAGAUGUAUUGCCUGAUGAUGUGCCUUUUGAGGUUGUUGCAGCGGGAUAUUUUUGCCUAUGUCAGAACAGAGAUUCUUGAAUCUUCAAUUUUAGAAGUCUCCUUGGGUCUUGAAUAUUGCAGUGAUUGAUACAUCAGCAAGUACCCUGUUUUUUCAGGGGUAGGGCUCCAACGAGGGGAUUAAACCUAGGAUAGGCACCAAUCCUCAAGUCAUUAAUGUGCUUACCGGAGGGGACCUGAGCUAGUGGAGAUGUAUAUAUUACUAAAUGUCAUGCCUCUGUUAAAUGUGAGUAUUUAUGACCUUGGCGCUAAGUGGCAUGGUGGUAGUUCGCCCCAUUGGCUCCACUGAGGCUUCAAGUGUGCCCUACAUGGUGGCCAGCUGAUCCCUGUGGCAACUUUGGUAGCCACCGACUAAAUUGAGCCAGACCGGGAACUCUGUGCUACUGGAGCUGCUAUUGGGUUGGUAUUUUGAGAAAAUGAUUGUUAGAGAUAUCGGAGCUGUGUCAGGCCAUGUUCAUAUACAGAUGAGCAGCAUUCUUGUGAUAAUUGCAAAUAAGCAAGGGUGGCAUCUAGUGGUGGCAAAUGGGCGGGUUGAAAAUGGGUCAACAUAAAAUGGGUAAUAAUUCAACCCGCCCAUAUUUUUAUAUGGGUAAAAAUGGGUUGGGUAACAAAUGGGUUGGGUAAAAUACUAGUUUACCCAUAUUUAUCAAUAUUUUAAUGAGUAAAGAGUACUUUACUUUAUAAUUCAAUAUGGAGAAAAUAUUAUAAUCUUA